AUGGAGCUUGACUUCGACGAGAAUGGCUUCGUAGAGCUGACACACGAGCAGGCAUUUGCAAUCUUCGAUGACUUCUAUGGCAGCCCAGAGAGGGCACCGACUGCUGAGGCAGACCAGCAUGUACCGGCGACAGCACCAACCCGGCCCACGGAAGCAGAAGCAGCAGCGCCAGAUCCUCAAGAUGAGUUCCCGGGCCUCAUGGAAGAUAUAGAGCAGCUGCCGGACGCCGCAUUGCCUGAAGACGCGCCACCACCAGACCACGCUCCAUCCGCCGAAGCUGCUCCAUCCCUCGAACUCGAUUCACUGCUGGAAGACGCAGCACCUGCUCAGGCCGACCAAGAUGUACCUCCCAUCGCACCAUCUCGACCACCCGACGCGGAAACAGCAGUUCCAGACGCUCAAGAUGAGUUUGCAGGGCUUAUGAAAGAUCUAGAACAGCUACCAGAUGCUCCAUUGCCUGAAAAUGCUCCGUCCCCUGAAAGCGCACCACUGCCAGAACCUAGUCCACUACCCGAAGACGCAUCGCUGCCGAAAGUUGUUGCACUCUCUACCACGCAAGUCGAGGACCCAUUCACAGGGACACAUCCACCAGCAACACCCGGGUUCCUUGCGCCAGGCCCUUCGGCGACCUCGAUCUUUCAGAACGAGCAGCCUUCGUACUCGCCAGAGCUCCCUCAAUACAAUGGCGCGAGUAUCUCCAAGAUAGUACCACAGCAUCUAUCUCCCGAAGCGCCCUCGAGUGGAAAUAAGUCGACGAUGCAGGCUGAAAUGCGCCAUGAGGAGGAUGUACAGUCUUCACCAUUGCCUACGACUCCAGUACCGUUCUUGAGGUCUUCUCUGGGUCUUAAUGUCCAUAGCGGCGACGAGAAGGUAAGCGAUGCUAACCUCUACGACGAUGCGAUUCAAAUGCGUGAUAUCCCUCUACCACAGACGAGUUCAGAUGAUGAGUUCCCUGACGCUGCAAAGUCGUGGAGCUUCAAAAACUUGUCUCCGCAAAAGACCGACGGCACGCAACGACCGGCAGAAGACGCAGACACUGUCACAGGAGCUCGUGCGUUGACUGAUUCAACUUCACAGCCUCUACCCAACGUCAAGCCACACGCAAAGCGCCGCCACGAGUCGAGUUCCCCAGAGGUGCCUUUGUCAUUGCUCGACAAGACUUAUGCGGUAGGCGCGAACACGGAGAAACCAUCAAUCAAGAAACAGAGACCCGGUGACUCGGAUACGGAUCUCGUGAAGCCUGAGGUGGCCCACGUGAAGGACAACAUCGGAACAAGCCAACAAUCACGUGUGAAUCAAAUCAACAAGUCCCAGCAAACCAAAGCCGUCGAAGAGAGCGACUCGUCCCUCACCGACGUCUCAAUUGAGAAGAAGUCGUCCCCUCCAAUUCCGAAGACCUCACCUCAAGUCAUCAUCAUGGCGGCGUCUAAAACAUCAGGAAAAGCAAAGAAGGUGGACAGCAAGAAGAAGAAGAGGCCGGAACCGGAAGAGGUUGUCAUGAUCGACGGAGACGAAAUCACUCUCGAGACCGCCAUACCCGACGACGACCCCGACGAGCCUCCUAACUGGAACUUCGACGCACUGCGCGAGGACAGUCCGCAAAAACCAAAGAGCACCACGCCAUCACCAAAGAAGAAGCCGGCCAAGGGCAAGGGAAAGGCAAAGGCAAAAGCAACAGAGGGCCCAACGGCCGGUACCAAGCGCGGCAAAUCCCCCAGUGCUGAGUCCGCCGCCGGUACACCUACAGUCAAGAAAGGCAGAGUUGGUGGGCAAGAGCUCAAAGACCUCGUGGGCAAUGCUGUCCUGAGCGGCGUGCGGAAGAUGAACGCCAGCCCUCGCAAGACGCGCAAGGGGCGGAAGGACGAAGAGGAUGCGAAGCCGAAUGCUGCUGGGGCUGCGAAGAGACGACAGAGUGGUGGAACGAAGGGGAAGUGA